AUGGACAUGCCUAAUCUUUUAGAGAAUGAGAAAGAAAGAGUUAUAGCUGAAGAUGAUCAACAAGAUGCAUGUGAUGAUAUUAAUAUGCAAGAGGAAGGAAGAAAUUCUACUAAACAUGUUGAACAAGAUGCAAGAGGUGAUAGUGAUAUGGAAGAUGCAUGUGAAAAUAUUGAUAUGCAAGAGGAAGAUGAUCAACAUGGUUCAAGUGAAAAAUUUGAUUUCUCAUCCGACAUUGAUGAUCUAGGAAAUUGGGAGAAGAUUGAACAUAAUUCCAGAGAUUUUAUAGUUGAAAGAGGUCCUAAAAGAGAGAAAGAUCAUAACAAGAUUUUGUUGGGCCAACUUGGUAAUGAACGACGGAGUGAUUGGAAAAAUGUUAGCGCAAGACUUGCAAGCCAUGAAAGAAAUAAGCACCACCUCAGUUGCUUUACUAGCUGGAUUGAAUUGGAAAUAAGAUUGAAAAACAAUGCAACAGUUGAUCAGGGGUUGGAAGAACAAAUCAAGAAGGAGCUAGAGCAUUGGAGACAACUCCUAGCAAAUGAGGUGAAAGCUUCUAUUGUUGCAACUAUUAAAGAGGCAAAGUAUUUUUCGGUUAUACUUGAUUCCACUCUAGAUGCUAGUCAUGAGGAGAAAAUGUCUCUUAUUGGCCGAUGUGUAGAUGUUACAGCAAGUUCUAUUGUGGUGAGAGAAUUCUUUUUGGGAUUUUUGAAGGUAAAUGAUACAAUGAGACUUGGACUAUUUAAUGAGCUUACAAAUUCAUUUGACAGUCAUACACUUAAUAUUAGUAAUAUACGAGGACAAGGAUAUGACAACGGAUCUAACAUGAGAGGAAAGCACAAGGGUGUUCAUAAUAUACUUCUUGAAGUAAAUUCUGGAGCAUUUUUUACACCUUAUGGUUAUCAUAGCUUGAACCUUGCAAUAUGUGUUAUGGUUAACUGUAAUCCUAAAGCUGAUUAA